GAAUUCAAGAUCAACUGCUAUAAAAAGAAGGUUUAUAUCCGUCAAUUCAUUAGUUGAGGAUUGAAUCUGAAAGCAUGAAGACAGGUUUAGUUUUUGUUUUUGUUCUUGUCGGAGCAGUUUCUGGAUUUCGAGGAAACUUUAGAGAUUAUUACAGGCAAAAAUGCAGCAAGGAAUCUUGGGACAAUAUUUGGAGAUCAACAGGAACCGUUCCCAAUAAACUCAGUCAGGUUCCUGAUGUGCCUUUAUACAUGGAAACGGCUUCUGGUACCAAGAUAUUUCCAAACCAAACCCUAGACACAGCACAGUUGUUGAACAGACCUUCCUUCAAGUGGAAUGCUGAUCCCAAUGCGUUGUAUACACUACUCAUUGAAGAUAAUGAUAUCGAACUUGGUUCGAUCAAGUAUGCUCAUUUGCUGGUUACAAAUAUACCAGGGUCGAAUGUGUAUGGUGGAGACGAGGUGAUAGAAUAUAUUCCGUCCUUCACUGUGAAUAUACGGGAUAAUGAAAAACUAGAAACUAGAGUGAAUAUUACCAACAGGCAUCUUGUUCUUGUGUACAAACAGCCUGGGCGGAUAAAUUUUGAUAAGAAGCAGUCUGGAUGUAAUCCUGAAAUAUUUUCUAACAGAAUAAUUGAUCAUGAUGCUUUACAACAACAGUAUGGACUACAGGGCCCGGUUGCUGGAAACUUUUACAGGAUUGGAUAUAGUUCCGGGAAUACGGAAUAUUAUAUAUGCUAUCUUUCCGCUUGUACAGGUAGACCACUCCCAGUCCUACUGAGCGGGAUUAAUGAUAAACCAUUAUCAGAGUGUUAAAUGACGAGGCCCAAGAUAGAACACCAAGAUAGAAGUUUAAUUAUAUAUAAGCAUUAUACAAUAUGGCAGGAGAAUCGUUUAUUAAAUACAUAUAUUUUCACUUUCA